CAGAUCCAAAAUGGCCGCGUCGGUGUUUUGACGAAUAAUACUUUUGUGUUUGUUACCUUCUCCACAGUAAUCGAAGAAAACGUUUCCUGGUCAGGAAAAACAACCACGCGUGCUUGAUGUUUUAAUAGAAAGAUUUAAAUUAGACAAUCACCGCUUAUUAAUAUUUGUUUUAUGCUUCAGACUAUGCACUUUUGCUGGUUAUAAGGCAGCUAGCUGACUGGCUAGCAACAUAAUUAAGCUGAAAAUUAAAAGAAAAUCGAUGGAGCAGCUCAGUCCCGAGGAGAUUCGAAGAAGGCGAUUGGCCCGGUUAGCCGGAGGGCAGACGUCUCAGCCCAGCACCCCUCUCAGUACCCCUUUGACCUCCCCACAGAGAGAGACCCCUCCAGGACCCUUACCCGGGCCCUCUGGAGCCCCAUCACAGUCUGUCCCACCAGCUUCAUCUCACACUCUGGGCCUUAAUGCCCAAAAUGUCACUCCUGCCACCUCUCCGAUGGGGGCAUCAGGGGUUGCUUACCGCAGUCAGAGCAGCGAGGGGGUAAGCUCUCUCUCCAGCUCACCAUCUAACAGCCUGGAGACACAGUCCCAAUCUUUGUCCCGCUCUCAAAGCAUGGACAUUGACACAGCUUCCUGCGAGAAGAGCAUGUCCCAGGUUGAUGUGGACUCAGGAAUAGAGAACAUGGAGGUGGAAGACAGUGACCGCAGAGAGAAAAGAAACUUGUCUGACAAGGACUCUUUAUCUAAUCCUGACGUCUCUGAAGAGCAGGCUUUGCAGCUCAUAUGUAAGAUCUUGCGUGUUUCCUGGAAGGAGCAAGACCAUGAUGUCAUCUUCCUUCCUUCACUUGCUGCUGAAUUUCAGAAGAAUCCUAGAGAUGUUUACUCUGACUUCAAAGACCUGAUUGGCCAGAUUUUAAUGGAGGCUCUUAUGAUGUCCACCCGUACGCGUGACUGUAACCCCUUUGCCAGCUUGACCGCCACAUCUCAGCCAAUUACUGCUGCCAGAUCCCCGAAUCGUCACCUGACUCUCGUCCCGCCCUCCAGCCAGAGUGACAGUCCCAUGAUGCCCUGCGCAGGUUCAUUCGGUGCCAGCUCUCUGUCCAGUCUUUACGGUAGUAGCCCAAACCCUCUAGCUCCAAGCUCUGCCAGAAUGAGUGCCCAAACUGCCCCACCGGCUCCUCCGACCCCUUCUACAGCAGCCUCUCUGGUUCCCCCCAGUCCUCCAGUCUCUCGCACUCCCACCACACUCCCAUCUAUACCUCCAACUGCCCCUGUGCCCAUCUCCCAGAGGUACAGGCCCUACACCCUUAGCCCCUCUGUUCCCACGAGCCCAAACCCCAGAUCCGUCCCAUCCGGUAUGCUUACGCCCCCGCCAACCACAGGUAUGCCCUCUAGCCCCUCCUCCAGACACGGUGCCAAUCAAAGCUCCUCCGUGCCGUUACCCCUUCCACCCAGCUCCCCCAACACUGUGGCCAGAAGAACUGUGCUAGCUGCUCAGAUGUCAUCUAGUCCUUUCUCCCUCCUCUUCUUCAACUUGUCCGACCUGUCUCAUGAUAGCAGUGAUGAAGAACCAGAGGAGGAGGAUUUUUCUGCGGUUCAGUUUGGGUCCAGCGUGGGUGCAACUGGAGGGGGCAUGGUUGGUGACCGAUUUACCAUGGAGUCCUGUAAAGAGACUGAGAUGUUGAACUACCUCAUCGAGCGUUUUGACAGUGUUGGUAUGGAGGAGAGGAAAGCCCCAAAGGUGUGCAGUCAACCAGUUGUCAGUCAGCUGCUGAGCAACAUACGUUCCCAGUGUAUUUCCCACGCUGCACUUGUGCUUCAAGGUGCCCUCACACAACCCAGGGCCCCACUACAGCCCUCCCUGCUGGUUCCCUACAUGCUGUGCCGGAACCUUCCAUACGGCUUUAUCCAGGAGCUGGUACGCAUGACUCACCAGGAGGAGGAUGUGUUUAAACAGAUCUUCGUUCCUAUUCUGCAAGGGCUUGCUCAAGCUUCAAGAGAGUGUUCAUUUGACUGUGACAACUUCAAGUAUCCUCUGAUGGCUUUAGCUGAGCUUUGUGAAAUCAAGUUUGGGAAGACUCACCCCAUAUGCAGUUUGAUGACCUCUCUGCCAUUAUGGUGUCCUGACCCUCUCAGUCCUGGUACAGGAAGAGAAAUUCAAAGACUCUCCUUCCUCGGAUCUUUCUUUAGUCUCUCUGUGUUCGCAGAGGAUGACACUAAAGUGGGAGACAAGUACUUUUCAGGCCCUGCCAUAACUAUGGAGAACACUCGUGUGGUCAGCCAGACGCUUCAGCACUAUCUGGAGUCUGCCAGGGGUGAUCUAUUUAAAAUCCUGCACAACAUCUUGCUUAAUGGAGAAACAAGAGAAGCAGCUCUGAGCUACAUGGCAGCUUUGGUGAACCGUAAUGUAAAGAAGGCUCAGAUGCAGACUGAUGAUAAGCUGGUGUCCACAGACGGAUUCAUGAUGAACUUCCUGUGGGUGCUUCAGCAGCUGAGUAUGAAGAUCAAGCUGGACACGGUGGAUCCUCUCUACAUCUUUCACCCCAAGUGUCGAUUGAACGUCAGCCCAGAAGAAACCAGACUCAAAGCCACAAUGGAGGAGCUGAAGAGUUGGCUCACGGAGAUGCAUUCGGACUCAUCUAAGUUUCCAGAGCCGAAGUUUCCCACUGAGUGUUUCUUCCUGACGCUACACGCACAUCACCUGUCCAUCCUGCCCUGCUGUCGUCGCUACAUACGCAGACUGAGGGCCAUACGGGAUCUAAACAGAUCGGUUGAGGAGCUGAAGAACAGUGAGAACCAGUGGAAAGAUUCCCCAUUGGCCAGUCGUCAUCGGGAAAUGCUGAAGAGAUGUAAAGCACAGCUGAAGAAACUGGUACGCUCUAAAGCCUGCGCAGAUGCAGGGCUGCUGGACGAGAACCUGCUGCGCAGAUGUCUGCAGUUCUUUAGUAUGGUCAUACAGCUUAUCCUGCGCAUGGUGGAGCCUGCCUAUCCACACGUUAGCCUGCCUCUGAAUCCAGAAAUUCCCAAAAGCUUUGCAGCACUGCCUGAGUUUUACAUUGAAGAUGUGGCCGAGUUCCUGCUGUUUAUUGUGCAGUACUUUCCCCAGGUCCUUUACGAGCCAUGCACCGAAGACGUUGUGACCUUCCUGGUGGUCUUUAUUUGCAGUCAGAACUACAUAAAGAAUCCAUACUUGAUCGCCAAGCUGGUGGAGGUGCUCUUUGUCACCAACCCAGCAGUGCAGCCACGCACCCAGAGGUUCUUCGAGAUGAUGGAGAACCACCAGCUGUCAAUCAAUCAGCUCGUGCCCGCCCUCAUGAAGUUCUACACAGAUGUGGAGCACACUGGAGCCACUAGUGAGUUUUAUGACAAGUUUACCAUUCGCUACCACAUCAGCACCAUAUUCAAAAGCCUGUGGCAAAACAUUAGCCAUCAAGGGACCUUUCUGGAGGAGUUCAACUCUGGAAAGCAGUUUGUGCGCUACAUCAACAUGCUGAUUAACGACACAACUUUCCUGCUGGAUGAGAGUCUGGAGUCUCUAAGACGCAUCCAUGAGAUCCAGGAGGAGAUGAAGAACAAAGAGCAGUGGGACCUUCUGCCUAGGGAUCAGCAGCAAAGGCGUCAAUCCCAGCUGACUCAGGAUGAGCGGGUGUCACGUUCCUACCUGGCUUUAGCCACAGAGACGGUAGACAUGUUCCAUAUCCUCACCAAAAAGGUCCAGAAGCCCUUCCUGAGGCCUGAACUAGGCCCUCGUCUAGCUGCCAUGUUGAACUAUAACCUUCAGCAGCUGUGUGGGCCUAAAUGUCGAGACUUGAAGGUUGAAAACCCAGAAAAGUACGGUUUUGAGCCAAAGAAGCUCCUGGAUCAGCUUACUGAUAUCUACCUGCAGCUGGACUGUGCCCGAUUUGCUAAAGCCAUUGCAGAUGACCAGCGCUCAUACAGCAGGGAGCUCUUUGAAGAGGUCAUUUCCAAAAUGAGAAAGGCGGGCAUAAAAUCCACCAUUGCUAUUGAGAAAUUCAAACUCCUGUCUGAGAAGGUAGAGGAGAUCGUAGCCCGUAAUUCUCAGUCUGAGAUGGAUUACAGUGACGCCCCAGAUGAGUUUAAAGAUCCACUGAUGGACACUCUCAUGACGGACCCCGUUCAGCUGCCCUCUGGCAACAUCAUGGACCGAUCCAUCAUCCUGCGACACCUCCUGAACUCUCCCACAGAUCCUUUUAACAGACAGCCUCUAAAUGAGAGCAUGCUGGAGCCAGUCCCAGAGCUGAAAGAGCGAAUCCAAGCCUGGAUGAGAGGGAAGCAGAGUGGACGUUUUUCUCAGUGAACCAAGCUUGCCGUCAGUUGAAAUGUUUUCACCACGCUGGAAGUGAACUGAAUUGAAUGGGAAAAAAUACGACGUUACCUAAAUUGUUUUGCCUCUCUUUAUCUUCUUCAUUGAGCCUCUGUCUGCAAGGCUUGUGGUUCUAAAUUGAAACAUAAUAAAGUUUAGACUUUUUUGAAACAUUUUGAUUUUGGAUUUGAUUUUUGAAUUAGUUCAUACCACGACAAAAAGGCAGUUUUACAGUUAGAAAAAUUUAAUAUAUUCAAAAUGUUUUGUUUUGCUGGAAUUAAAUGGGUCUUUUUAAAUGGAAAACAUUGAGGGAUGGGAUCCAUUUUAUGUUUGUGUGUUAUUUGGAAGAAAAUUGUUAAUCAAUACCCGUAUUUCCAUUUGAACAUUCAGUAUCCUCACAAAACAUUAGCUGUAGACAUACUGUAGUUCACAUUUCCAGUCCUGCCUUUAAACACAAAGAAGGGAGUAUGUCAGAUUCAAAGCUCUAGAUUGUCCUAAAUGUAAAACAUGU